GGCACCAGCCUUGAGAAACCGGUGAGAAAGCUUGGAUUUCUCCUCCUUUUCUUGUUCUUGAACCCAUAAAUCUCCCUCCCUUGCUGGAAAAUCCGGAUCUGCUCUGCUCUUCCUCUUCACCGCCGGCUGCUCCUGCUUUGUGGGUGCAAAUCCCCUUGAAUUUUCGGUAAGAACGGCCCCUAAUUCCUUUGUUCUUGCUUGAAUUAGCUUGGGUUAACUUUGAUUGCUCUUAUUUUCUCCAAUUUUUGGGUAAACCCGUGAGCUUCCCUGCACUGCCGCCGGCUUCUCCCCCAGCCAAGCUCGGUUUUGCUUGCUAAAUUCUGGUUCCUAAUCGUUCUGUCAGUUAGCACUGAGAUUGAGUGCUUGGUUUUAUCGAGUGUUCGGUUUAUGUGAGUGAGGAAAUAAAACCGAGGACGGGGAAACCACGGGAAGUGACGAGUUAGAAGGCUAGCCAUUUCGAGAUUGAUAUAGAUUUUAGAAAUAAAUCAUGUUUUUUGUAAGAUAGAUUUUACGUUGAGAUUUUAAGUUUAAGUCAUGUUGGGCAUAAAAUUAUUGAAAUAUCUGAUUUAAGUUAUUGGAUUGUCAAAUGUGAAUUGAUUAAGUUCCGAGCCUUGUGCAUUUGCGGGACCCGUCUCAAGAGUGACCUUUUUUAAUGGCAGCGGAAAUAGUAGGGGCAAUAUUCGGUGCAUUGAGUUGCAUUUGUGGUACUCCAACUUGCAACUGUAUAGAUCAACAUAGAAAUUUUAAUGAUGAUGUGGAUGAGUUGAGAAGAAAAUUGGACAGUCUAACUAGCCAGAAACAAGAUAUAGAAUCAAGAAUACAAGAAGCAGAGGCUCGUGGGGGACAAAUGGUUAGACAACAAGUGCAACAAUGGCUUAAGCAAGCAGAAGAGAUCAAUGUUAAACUGCGAGCAUUUUUGGAAAAGGUGCAGGGAGUCAAGUGGUACAAGCGUGCUUGUCUUGACAGACUUGUUUGUAGAAAAAUUAAUAUGGUCAAGGAACUGCUUGAUAAAGGUAGUUUUCCUGAAGGCCUCGUUAUUGAGAGGGCUCCAGCUCAUGGAAACAUAAUUCCAAUAGAGAAUUUAGUGGGGGAAAUUUCUACUAAAGAAGAAAUUUGGAGGUACUUGAUGGGUGAUGAGGUUGGAAUGAUUGGAGUUUGUGGGAUUGGUGGAGUUGGAAAGACUACAAUCAUGAAGAAUCUCCACAAUGAUUUACAAAGGGAGACUAGAUUUGAGAAAGUGAUCUGGGUUACUGUGUCACAUCCUCUCAAUGUUUUCGAAUUACAAAAGAAGAUUGCUGGUGCUAUGGGCCAAAGACUUCGAGAUGAUGAAGAGGUGAUGAUGCGAGCAGCAGCACUAAUGGAAAUAAUGAGAAGAGUGAGGUAUGUGGUAAUAUUAGAUGAUGUAUGGCAAAAGUUCUCUCUUAAGGAAGUUGGAAUUCCAGAUCUGAAUGUGCAGAAUGGGUGCAAAGUAGUUGUCACUAGUAGAUCAAUUGAAGUAUGUAGUUAUUUGCGUUGUAAGAUUGUUAAAGUGAAACCUCUUUCACAGGAGGAGUCUCUGAAGUUAUUCCUCAAUACAGUUGGAGAUGGUGUUUUGCAAGUUCCAGGGUUAGAGGAAGUCUUAAAGCUUAUUGUGAAAGAGUCUGGGAGCAUGAGGGGAGUUGAUGAUGUUAAUGUGUGGAGAAAUGCAUUGACUGAAUUACGAGAUCGUGUAAGGAGUGUGAAAGAUGCAAAUGAUGAGAUAUUUAAGCGGUUAAGGAAGUUGAUAGAAUGUUGGAUUGAUGAAGGACUAAUUGAUGGGUUGCCAAGUAGAGAAGCAACUUAUAGUAGGGGCCAUGCUAUUAUAGAUAGGCUUGAAAAGAAUUUCUUAUUAGAGGCUGCUUCGUUCCCAUGUCAAUUUGGUGGAUAUUCAAUUGGUAGUGCUGGUGCUAAGAUGCAUGAUGUAGUGAGAGACAUGGCUAUUAUAGGCAUUGGUCCUGAAUUUGGAUAUAUGAUAAAAACUGGUAUGAAUUUGGUAGAGCUACCAGAUGAGCAUGGUUGGGUAAAAGAUACUAAGAAGUUGUCUCUAAUGGAAAAUAACAUUUCAAAAGUUCCUCUUAGUUUGCCCCCAAAGUGUUUGAGCCUUUCAACUUUGAUAUUAUCAAGUAAUCCUAAUUUGUCAGAGAUUCCAGAAUCCUUUUUUGGAGAGAUGCUUGCUUUGAAGCAUUGCAUGAAGUUAAAGUACUUGCCUUCCUUGGCAAACCUCAGGGGAUUGAAGAAGUUGGACCUACAUGAGGCAGGGAUUGAGGUGGUCCCUCAAGGCAUGGGGAUGUUGAUAAGUCUUGAAUAUCUUGAUUUGUUAUUUUGUCAAAAUCUAAAAGAGAUUCCAACAGGAAUAUUACCUAAACUUUCUAAUCUCCAAUACUUGGCAGUAUGUUGUUUGCGAGAAACUACAAUAAUAAGAAAUUUAGAAGAGGUUGCUAGAUUGAAGAAGUUGGAGACUUUAGAAUGUCAAUUUGAUGGCAUACAAGACUUUAAUCAUUUUGUCAACAAGUUCAAAGAUUUCCAAAGUGCCAUUGCUUACAGUCUUGGAGUUGGGACAGCAAGAGACAUGAUUAGAGGGAGCAAAUAUGAGCUUGUAAUUACUAAAUGCGAGAUCGAGGAAGAAUGUGUAGUACUUCCAAAUAACCUUGAGGAUUUAUGGAUCAUUAAGGGUAAAAACAUGAGAAGCAGCUUAAACAAAAUAGUUAUGCUAGAAAUGGAAGCAAAUGAGCUGAAAUGGUGUCAGAUUUACUCCUGUGAAGAGCUAGAGUGCAUAGUUGAGUUGGACUCAUCCUCCUCCUCAUUGUGUUGUCCAGUACUUGAUAAGCUUGAACUGUUGGAGCUUUGGGCAUUGCCUAAGUUAUGUGAACUUGUGAGAGUGGAAGGAGCAACAACACCACCGCACAUCUUUUCCAAUCUUAAAACACUUAUAAUAAUAAAUUGUUCAGCAAUGAAGAAAUUGCUUCCACUUGAGCUACAACAAGCCUUCCAAAACUUAGAGGAGAUUGAUGUUGAUACGUGCGAACAAAUGGAGGAGAUAAUAGCAUCAUCAGAUUCAGAUGCAUCAUCGAAUAAGUUUGCUUUUCCCAAGUUAAGGAGAUUGUUCUUGAGAAAUUUACCCCAAUUGAAGACCAUCUGCAGUGUCAAAGGAGUUAUGGUUUGUGAUUCUAUUAAAGUAAUUGCAAUAUUGGCAUGUCGGGAGUUAAAAAGGAUCCCUGUGCAGCUUCCCGUGCUUGAUAAUGGCCAACCAUCUCCUCCUCCUUGUCUCAAAGAAAUCAGGACAGAUGAAGAGUCAAAAGAAUGGUGGGAAUCAGUGGAGUGGGAUCAUCCCAAUGCCAAGAACCUCCUUAAACCUUUCUUGAAAUAUUCUGAGAAAUGGUUUCCUACAAAACUUUUUGGUGUCAUGAUCAUGAAUUGUGCAAAGAGUCCUACAAGUUACCAUAUAAAGCUUCUUAGUGGAGACUUAAACUCACAGCCAAACAUGGCAAGAGCUAGGAAGGAGUUGAUGUGUUGGUGUUUGAGAGCUAUCUCUGAUGGAUGCACAAGCAUAACAAGCCUUAAUCAAUGCUAUUGUAAAAAACUUCAGAUCCAUGUUAUUUAUGGAAUUCUUGGGAUUGUUCAAGAAUCUAAUGUGACAACUACUUGUGAAUUGAGAAACCUUGGCAAAUUGGUUAGAAUCCAACAUCAAUCCUCUAUGUGCCAAACACACCUGCGGAAUAGUAGAGGGAAAAGGAGAUUGGCCAUGGCAGUUGAACUUAACCAGCAAUAGGAGGUAUAUGAAGAAGAUUGAACUUGUGAAACAUGAAGACUUUUACAAGCUUCACUAUCUGUUUCUUUUGGGAUAUACAGCACAAAAAGUGAAGCAGGAAAAAAGAGGAUUUAGCAAGAUGUAACUUGCAUUUUAUGUUAUAUUGGCCACCAUUGGCCCCAGUUGUUCAUAAUGAUAUUACAAAUGAUAUGUUGAUUUAUUGACAAAAGUUGAUGUUUAUUGCCCUUUCAUCAUUCUUAGGAUUGGUUUUGUGCUUUUUCUGGAAUGACAUAACUACUACUGCAACAUGCAUCAAAGGGGAAGAGUGGAAGCCAUGCAGUAAUGAUAAUUGCUACAAACGAGGCCUAUCCAAUCCAAGAAGCAUCAUAUUGGGGAAUUGGCUCUCGUCUUCCCAGCAUGGUGAUAGUCUACAACAUCUUACAAGAACUAAAGAUCAACCAUUACUGUUUUGAACAAAUACACAAUUGUCAGAAUAUCAAAAACAUGUUCAUAUAUCUGUUUAUGGUGAACAAAAGGAAAAAACUCGA